AGAUUAUUUUCAAGUUGGUUAAAUGUCAAUGUGUGUUGAAGUUUAAACAAUAAAUUAGUAAUAUUUGAGUAAAUAACUACGUUAGAUAUAAAUAAAUAUGGGGAUUUUGGAUAAAAUAUCGGAAAUAGAAAAGGAAAUAUCGAGAACACAAAAAAAUAAAGCCACCGAAUACCAUUUAGGUCUAUUAAAAGCUAAAUUAGCAAAAUAUAGAUCUCAAUUAUUAGAACCAUCGAAAAAAUCAGAAAAAGGUGAAGGAUUCGAUGUUCUAAAAAGUGGUGAUGCUAGGGUUGCGCUUAUAGGAUUCCCGUCAGUUGGUAAAUCAACCCUUCUUUCAACCUUAACAAAAACAGAAAGCGAAGCCGCUUCUUACGAAUUCACUACACUAACUUGUAUACCAGGUGUAAUUGAUUAUAACGGAGCUAAUAUCCAGUUAUUAGAUUUACCUGGUAUAAUUGAAGGAGCUGCGCAAGGAAAAGGAAGAGGUCGUCAGGUAAUAGCAGUUGCAAGAACAGCCGAUUUGGUGCUUAUGAUGUUAGACGCCACUAAAAAAGACGUUCAUAGAUCGUUAUUGGAAAGGGAGUUGGAAAGCGUCGGUAUAAGACUCAAUAAACAGAAACCGAAUAUUUAUUUUAAGAUUAAGAAAGGGGGUGGUAUAUCGUUCAAUUCGACUUGCGUAUUGACUAAAAUAGACGAAAAAUUAGUGCAGAUGAUUUUGCAUGAAUACAAAAUCUUCAACGCUGAAGUUUUAUUCAGGGAAGAUUGCACCGCCGACGAAUUGAUCGACGUCAUUUGCGCCAAUAGGGUUUAUUUACCAUGUCUUUACGUUUAUAAUAAAAUCGAUCAGAUUUCAAUCGAGGAAGUCGAUAGAAUAGCCAGGCAGCCAAAUAGCGUAGUCGUAAGUUGUAACAUGAAAUUGAACUUGGAUUAUCUUCUGUCGACGUUGUGGGAGUACCUUAGUUUGAUUAGGGUUUAUACAAAGAAGCCGGGACAGCCCCCUGAUUUCAGCGACGGUCUUAUACUUAGAAAGGGGGUCACGGUGGAGCACGUGUGCCACGCCAUCCAUAGAACGUUGGCGGAGCAGUUUAAAUACGGUUUGGUUUGGGGGACCAGUACCAAGUAUUCCCCCCAACGCGUCGGUAGUAGUCAUAUUAUGCACGACGAGGAUGUCAUUCAAAUUGUUAAAAAAUAAUUUUGUUAUGCAGUUAUCGAUAUUAAAUUAAUUUUUUAAAUUA